CCGGCAACACGCGCCCGCCGCCGCCGCAUAAAUAGCGCGGAGCGCGCCCGCAGCUACUGCACCGCUCCAGCCGCCGCUCCGGGUUCUGCCCUGCUCCGCCCCGGUCUGCCCCGCACUGCUCCGGGUACUGCCCUGCUUGUCCCGCACCGGGAUCUGCCCAGGUCUGCCACGCACCGCUCCAGUCGCCGCCGCCGCUCCCAGUCCCGGUGUUGAUCCCGCUCUGUGCCGUCGCCAUGCCGUUCCUGGGGCAGGACUGGCGCUCCCCCGGGCAGAGCUGGGUGAAGACGGCCGAUGGCUGGACGCGCUUCCUGGACGAGAAGAGCGGCGGCUUCGUGGGCGACAUCAGCAGCUUUUGUAAAAAAGAUGAUCACAACAAAGAGAAUCUCUUCAACAGCAUAAACUAUGAUGUUGCUGCCAAGAAGAGAAAAAAAGAUCUGCUGAAUAACAAAGCCAAGACUCAAUAUUUCCACCAGGAGAAGUGGAUCUAUGUUCAUAAGGGAAGCACAAAAGAGCGCCAUGGUUACUGCACCCUGGGAGAAGCCUUCAACCGCCUUGACUUCUCCAGUGCUAUCCUGGAUUCCAGGCGAUUCAACUACGUCGUCAGGCUGUUGGAGCUGAUAGCAAAGUCUCAGCUGACGUCACUGAGUGGCAUUGCCCAGAAAAACUACAUGAACAUUUUGGAAAAAGUGGUUCAGAAAGUCCUUGAAGAUCAGCAGAACAUCAGGCUAAUAAGGGAAUUGCUGCAGACCCUCUACACAUCCCUCUGCACGUUAGUUCAACGGGUCGGCAAGUCUGUCCUGGUCGGAAACAUCAACAUGUGGGUGCACAGGAUGGAGAGCAUUCUUCACUGGCAGCAGCAACUGAACAACAUUCAGAUCACCAGGCCUGCCUUUAAAGGAACCACUCUCACCGACCUGCCAUUGUGUUUACAACUGAACAUCAUGCAGCGACUGAGCGAUGGGAGGGACCUGGUUAGCCUGGGUCAGGUGGCUCCUGACCUCCAAGUGCUCAGUGAAGACAGGCUGCUGUGGAAGAAACUGUGCCAGUACCACUUCACAGACAGACAGAUUCGCAAACGUCUGAUCUUAUCUGACAAAGGACAGCUGGAUUGGAAAAAGAUGUACUUCAAGCUCAUAAGGUGUUACCCACGGAAGGAGCAGUAUGGUGACACCCUGCAACUGUGCAGGCACUGCCACAUCCUUUCCUGGAAGGGUACUGAUCACCCCUGCACAGCCAACAACCCAGAGACUUGCUCCACCUCUCUUUCACCACAAGAGUUUAUCAACUUGUUCAGGUUCUGAACUUGGGUCAGCGCAGCUUAUGCAAUUCCUGCAGGACACUGUCACAGAGCUUGGACACUCCAUUUGUAAAUAGUGUAAAUAUUCGUGUUAGCUUGAAGCUCCUGAGUCAAGGAACAAGAGGAUCUCAGAGAAGAAAGGUGAAGUUGCUCACUGACCAGCAGCACUUAAGGAAUACAGACUUCCAUAGGAAUGGUGUAUAAAUACAGCAUGUUGUACAGACUCCCUUUUUUAUCAUCAGAGUACAAGAUACAGGGCAAAAAGACCUUCAUUUCUUGUUUUUAAAAGUUAAAAAUGAAUUUGCCCCGCAUCAAUUUGAGAACUCUUUUGGUUUGUUUCUAAUAGUGAGAAAGCAAUAUGAGGCUAGGACUGUUGAACUGUUCCUCCAUCUGGUUUUAUUUAGCAUACAUAUUUAUAAGUAUGACAUUUUAGAAAUAUUUAUGAAAAAUAUCCCUGUGACAAGUUUAAUAAUACUUCUGUGUUUUUAAAAGGACACAUUCUGAAAUACUUAGGAUAGAAAUCUAGCCUACUUGCGAGACAGAAUCGCAACAUACCACUUUCUACCUCCAAUAGAUUGAGUACCUUUCAAACAAAAAUCCAGUGUACAAUGUGAACUUUUGUAUUUUGUACAAUGAUUUAAAGGGAAAUGUUUGUGAUAGUAAGCAUCUUUUCUUGUAUUAAUGCUUACCUCUUUACAUUAGUUUUCUUGCUCUACUCAGUGCUUGAAUGCCUAAUAAUAGGCACCAUACGAAUACCUAAGAAUUUACUCCAUCCUCUUUUAAUUUGUUGGUUUUAUGAAUGACCUUGCAAAUGUGAAAAGAGAAGACAAAAGGAUGAGCAUUAUCUAUAAGGGAGGAAGUUCUAUGAUAGGGAAACAAGGACUGGAUUUAAUCUCACAAGGUAAAUUCUUAUCUGCUUCAUUAGGUUAAUUGCACUAGUUGAAAUCCUAAAUGAGGUUAGAAUCUGUUUUUUCAAGCCUGUGUUUUCCAACAUAUACACUGCUCUGUAGUCCCACUGCUGUCAAGUGAAUUCAGUCAUCCUGGAGCUGGUAAAAUAUAGGGGGAACUGGGCCACUGAAUCUCAUUAAAUGAUGCGGUUUUAUUCACUGGAAGACUGGCAGCAAAUGUUUUGUUUCAGAGCCUUGGAGCUUAGGGAGUGAUUAGUACUUAGCAGUCAGGGCUUGGGUAAGCAAGGGAUUUCCAACAUACUGAUAUCUUUGGCUCUUUCUCCAUGCCAGGGGUAAAGACCCAAGGACCCUAGUCCCUUCUGCUUCCAGUGCUGAGUUGCUUUAUGGGAUCUUCGGACCCUAACCCAGAGCUAAAUUUUCAGUCCUAAAGAAUAAGUGACCAUUUCACCAUGGCUGUGAUCUGGUUCACUUUCUCCUCUGUUGCACGCAAUGCUUCACUUUUCUCUACAGUGGAGCUUGAAGAAUCCAGCUCAUACAUAGCUGUCUGAAAACCUGCAGUGGAAGGUUUUUGCUGUUUGUUAGUAGAUUUCCUGUAUAGCACUUUCUCUGUGUAUGAUGUAAGCAGGAUACCUCGUAAGGGUAAAUAUUUAGUGGGUUGUGUGUGACUAUGUACAAAAAUUUUGAGGAAAAGGAGUACUCAGGACAAUUCAGGAAGAACUACUUGAGUUAAUUAUUGUUAAAUAUGCUGUUCCUUUUUUUACAUUUUUAUAACUGACUUUGAACACUUUUCUGCAGUUGUUUGUAUUUUAAAAUGACAGUAUUUGCAUUUUUGCAAACUAAAUCACUUUGCAUAUUCUUGGAAGAGAUGUGAAAAGGGAAGAAAGCUGCCUCUAGAUGGAGCAGUGGGAAGAGGGGAAGAAAAUGUGGAAAAUGCUGUCAAGAACUGCCCUUCUCCAGCCACCUAACAGCAAAUCCCGAGUUUUUGCUCUUCCAGAGAGUUCUGUGAGCCUGCACCACACUUACCCAUGGCCCAGAGCUUGUCACUCUCCAGAGAUGAGGGGAAAACACAUGCAGGAUAACAAGCUUUAUCUUGGUGUUGAUGCCCCAGUUACCAGUUUGACUGCUGGUGGAAAGCAUAAGCCUCCUGAUCAUACCCAUGUCAACUGAAAGUGAUUUAAAAACUGCUACCUUGGAAAAACACACUUGUGCUUGUGUGGGGGAUGUUUGUGAGUAAAGGAGGCCAGUUUCUGUUUUCCUUCCUGCGUUGAUGGCAGCGGGUAGACAAGGCUGAAAUCUGGCUUCAUGAGUGAGGACAUAAAGGAGUGAAACUUGCAAGUGAAGUGAGUGAAGCAUUGCCACUGAAUUUGGAGAGUCCUGUAGCUCCUUUUUCCACUAGUGAGAAGACCUGUUCCUUUGGCAUCUUUUGUUUCCAGCUCUGACUUGGGGUUGGUUUGGUUUGUAGUUUUGCCUCUGCCACCCAUGGUGAGCCAGCCUGUUGUGAUGGGGAGGCAACAGUAUUUUGGUAUGAAAUGCUGCAGCAUUCUGCCUACUCUGCAUCUGUGCUUAGCACUUACCCUCUGUGAGAUUGUGACACUGAGUGAAUUUUAAGCUCAGAUUUGAAUCUGGCCUACUGCAUUCCUGGCAUAAGAUGGAAAUUCUCAACGCUGAGCUGUGAUUUGGGGAGUCUUGGCUCCAGCCAUUGCCUCUAUCAACCCUUCACUGGCCUCCUCUACCCAGAGACUGUGGGUCAUACUGACAACAGAUUGAAUGUGCAACUGAGGCUCCUAUUUAUAAAACUUCAAUUACUGUGUAUUUUAUUUCUUAGCACUGUAAGGGUGAAAGUGCUGAAGAUGAUUUGUUAUACAUAGACACUUGUCUGUUGCUUGUGUGAGGUCUUGGGAUAUUGCUGUCAGUGUCCAAACUAGCAGCAAACCAAGCAACUGCUGAACAGAACAAAACAGACUAAAAAAGAAACAGAAUAAGCCUUACUCAGUUACUGCCUCAGUCAUUACCCUCCUGCUGCAGCAAUUGUCAAAGAUGGCCUUGGUCUCUUUGGGGACCCAUUGUUUCUUGAGUGGCUGGUACAGGGAGAUGUUGCAGUGAAUUCAAUACUCUUGGUUUGUAUUUAAAACAAAAUGCUGUUGCAUUCAAAUACCUCACUCAUUUACAAACAAAGCAAUCAGUAUUUUAGCAGUGCACAGGCUUCUGUUUGGCUGAGGGUGGCAGAGUAACAAAACUGACAGUGAUAUCAGGGCCUUCCAGGCAGGAUAGUUUAAGGCUGCUCUCAGGCAAAAGGACUUCUUUAUUUUAAGACAAUUGUGGCAAAGCUGUUGUGAAGAGAAAAACAGACUUUUGCUUGUGUUUUGGAAGUGGAAUGUUCUUUUCAAAUGACAUUUCACUUUCCAGUUAGUUGAUGCAUUUCCAUUAGAUGUGCAUCAGUUCUUAUACUAGGAAAGGAGAGUUUUUCUUCUCUUUGGGGUUUUACCUUGCCAACAUAUCCAGGGAAAUCUCAUUGUCUUUAGAGGAUGUACUAACUAGUGCAACAGCAUAGAACAUGGUGCUGUGAAGAGGAAAAAUAGAUCCAUGCAAGGGAGGAGGCUUAGGAAGGGAGAGGUCCUGGAGAUCUCUGUUUCAGCUUUUCUAGAAGAGGCCAGUUUUUGAUGUGGUGGCCAUUUCAAGAGGCACGAUUUCAGCUGUACAUACCUUAAGCCAUUUAUGCUAACUAUGGUAUGCUGAAGUUUGAUCAUAAAGCAUGUGUACCUCCUCCUACGUUUUUUGGGUUUCCUUUUUUUUAACUGUGGGAGUUGCUAGAUCCUUAAUUAUGUAAAGUGAUUAGGAAAAUGUGUAAUGCUCUGAAGACAUUGCUUUGUAUGUAAACAUUUAAUUGCACCCUGACACUUUCUGUAUAUGGGAAUAUAUUUUAUAUUGUUUUUCUUUGCCCUAAGUUUUAAACUGUUUGUAUUCCCAUUUCUGUUUGACUUCAAUUACUUUUGGGAAGCUGUCACCUUAUAGAACAUACACAGGUACUAAACCAGCUUUUCUUGCCCAGAAAAUUCCUUGGCCCUUAGUUGCUAGAAUUUCAUUUAGAGCCAGGAACAUUUCAAAUCAUAUUGUGUAGCAAACAAAUCAGAUGUGCUUUUCACACUGAUCUCCUGCUUGGUACAGCAAAGCAGCCUUGUCCUCUGUGGUUGUCCCUACAAACGUGUUGCACAUCUUCCCUGUAGAUCAGCACCUUGCCAAAAAGACAUAGCUUUAAAUUGAAAUGCCCCUCUUUGUAGCUGGCCUGUUUGCACAAGCACAGGCACUGUGGAGCUGAUGGCUGAUCAGCCUGCUAUAGACUCACUCCCUCCUUCAAGGGUUGGGACUCUGGUGUUCUGCUUGUGCUGCUUUCUCAGCUCUUUGCUUGUAGUGAUGCUGGUUCCAGGCUCUGAAGCGGUGGUCAGCCAUUCCCCACAGCUGUCAGUCUGUGGCUGCUGGGCUCUGAGUCUUUACCAGCACCUGCUUUCUAUCCAGUGUCUUCCUCCAAUGAUUUUGUUUGUAGCAAAUCAGCUUUGCAGGAUCUGGCCCUAGGAGAACAAAUCCAUCUUGUCCUUGACCAUGCAGUCUCAAGUAUACAGAUACUCUUGACACCAGAGAAAUUCCCUCUCUCUUGACCAAGUGUUGCUGCUUCUCCUCCUGGGAGGGCAACUGAGGGUGGAAUUUGCCUUUCUUUAGCCAUCUUAUGCUGCACAGAAUGCUAACAUGUCAGCUACCAAGAGAACAUUUUAAUUUGAAAUAGAAAAUAUGCUCAUCUUUAGGAACUAAUCUACAGUAAUUAUAAACACUUAUAUAUGGAAGAGAGUGUGUGUUCUGUUUUAUUUUUCCUUGAAAUUUUAACUAGAGAUGAUAUGAAGUGAAAGGCAUCCCUUAUAUAAGACUUCUGUUUAAUAUUAUUGUGUGGUUAAAAUCCUUCCAUUAUACAUUUGCACACUUUUUUCCUCUUUCCUUGCAUGUUCAACUGAUUUUUAUAGCUGUUCUGUGCAGACAGUAUUUUUGUAAAACAUUUUUGACACUGAAUUGCAAUAAAUGUUCAAACAAUGUGAA